UUCGCGGGAAAUUCCUCUGCUUUGCUGUGUGUGUGUGUGUGUGUGUCAGUGUGAACUGCAUUUCCAUUAGGACAAAGUCAGCUUUCUCUGAUUAAGCCAUGGACCACAAAGCAUUGAACGACACAUCACAGCUCAACGGAACACACAGCGAAGGUCUGACAAAGAAGAGACAGGACUACCUGGAGUGGCCUGAGUAUUUCAUGGCUGUUGCUUUCUUAUCAGCACAGCGGAGCAAGGAUCCCAGUUCUCAGGUUGGUGCUUGUAUUGUGAAUCAAGAAAACAAGAUAGUAGGUAUUGGCUACAAUGGCAUGCCCAACGGUUGUGAUGAUGACCUGCUGCCCUGGUCUCGCAGUGCAGACAACAAACUGGACACCAAAUACCCCUAUGUGUGUCACGCAGAGCUGAACGCCAUUAUGAAUAAGAACUCAGCGGAUGUCAAGGGUUGCACCAUGUAUGUAGCUCUCUUCCCCUGCAACGAGUGCGCCAAACUCAUUAUUCAAGCAGGUAUAAAGGAUGUGAUCUAUUUGUCAGAUAAAUACCAUGACACUCCAGAAAUGACUGCCUCCAGACGGCUUCUUAACUUGGUGGGCAUCACGUACAAGCAAUUUCAGCCAAAGCAAGGCAGGAUUGUCAUUGAUUUUAAUGCAAUCAACCACCCCGGAUUGAAAACUUCCAGUGGAUUGAGGGGCACACAGUCACCGUAGACUGAGGAACUUGGAACAUGACACUAAAUAUUCAUAAAACAGACUCAUUGCUUUUCUCACUUAUGUUCUGGUGAAGGUCAUUAUGGGUUUGACAGUGAUUGCUAAAUAGAUGUAUUGUAGUACACAAAUCUUAAAACUUGCUGGAUUUAACUAUUGUCAAUAUUUUGAAUGUUUUUUUAUGUAUUUGCACUUAUGCAUAACAUUAACAUUUUAUUGUCAAUUUACAUGCAAAAUAGCAGCUGGUUUGUGACCUUGGCUGAUGUGCUUUUUUUUUUUUUUUUUUUUUUUUUUAAAUUGAUUCUUUUAGAGUUUCAGUAUUUUGUGAUGAGUGGGUUGACUAUGAGGACAUUCAAAUCAAGCUGGAUGCCAACAUUUACCAAAUCAGUAUGUUCGUUACGUUUUUUUUGGUUUUUCUUUUAACCUUUUUGUAUUCUCUAUGACAAGGCUGAUUAGAUUUUGAUGUUCAUUUCACAAAUACUAAAACUGCAAAUUACCCAUGUCUUUUCUACCAUUAACCACCGAUGUCUGUUUUGCUCGUAGUAUAGGCUUUUGUGAGUACAACAGCAGGUAAACCUCAUAUUCUGUCAAGCCCCGAUCCACAGUGUGGUGUGCAUGUUUUGUCUCUUCUGGUUAGAACCCACAACUUUUAAUUAAAAAAAGAGACGUGUUUGGAGAGAACAGUUUUUAAAUGUUGCUUAUUGUUACACCGGGAUCACACUCCCAAAAUAAACUAAUUUUAAAAAUCA